AUGAACUUCCGAAGGCCGCGCACACGGUCUCGUAGGAAUUCUUUAAAUUUCAUCGUCAACAGUGAAAAAUGGCGGAGUCACGGUAGAAGAAUAUCGAGAAGGAAUACCGAUUUUGCUGACGAAGGCUCGUCAGAUGACGAUUUAGCUCAGGCUGGAGAACUCCAAGAUUGGGUGGAAGAAUUCUACUUCCGCAAGAGCGUGUGCGCCGACAAAUCGGAUCAAGAUAUUGAAGUAAAACUAAACCAGAGGCAAACACUUAUACUUUCCACAUUGGUACCCGAUGAAAUUUUAUUAAUGGAUAAAUUCGACGCAGCAUCUCCGAAACGAUUUGUAGGAGUUCUCUUAAUGGCAGAUGUAUCUGGAUAUACCGCUCUAUCAGAAAAAUAUAAUGCCUAUGGAAAAGGGGGGACAUACAGACUAACAGUUACAUUAAAUACGUACCUUGGCUCUCUAAUAGAAAUUAUUUACAGCCACGGCGGAGACGUGAUAAAAUUUGCAGGGGACGCAUUCUUAGCACUCUGGAAGACAGAUAAAAAAACUUUCAUCAAUCACACAAUACACACUGCUAUUGCAUGCGCUCUUAUAAUUCAACAUUCCCUUGGAUCGUAUGAAACUGAUGUUAAAGUAAAUCUCAAGGUUAAGUUGGCUAUAUCGGCAGGAAAUCUCCUUUUUGCACCCAUAGGAACAGGAAUUGAUAUGAACUAUGUUAUUAUUGGAUUACCUGUAUUAGAAGCGAAAGCAGCCGAGAGCGUCUGUACUUCGGGCGAAGUAAAGUUGACUCCAACUGCUUGGGGUCACUGCUACUCCCGAAAUUACGAUCACGUUAUCGGCAAUGACGGUCAUGUAACCAUAAAAGCCAUUUUGUAUGAUUCUCGUGAGAAAGACGUCACCAAACCAUUUUUAGGGUUCGGCCCAAUGAUACGCCAAAUUAAGAAACCAUUUAUUUCCAUAGAUGACCUACCAGAUUACCUUUACACCUCACCUGAUGAAUUGAGCUCAGCAGAUUUAGCGAAGCGAAAUGACAUUCUCAGCUUACGUGAGUCAAUAUUAAUUGCCGAGGAAAGGAAAAUCGGUUCAGAAAUCAGAAAGUUUAUGAUAAGACCCAUACUUACACAAAUAGAUGCACAUCAACCUUUAGAGUACCUAACCGAAAUGAGACAAGUGUCUAUUUUAUUCAUUACUCUGAAACCGAUUGAAUGCCCUUUUCCCCAACUUAUAGCGAUUAUAAAUAAUUCAUACCAAAUAACAUGUGAAAUUGUCUAUAAAUCUAUGGGGUGUGUAAAUAAGAUAAUUUUAUUCGAUAAGGAUGUAAUGAUAUUAGUAAUAUUUGGGUUAAGAGGAUUUAAACAUGAGUCGGAAGCUCAAGCUGCGUUAAAAUGUGCCUACAACAUUAAAAAGUCUGUGUCAGCGUUAGACGGCGUUUUGGAAGUCUCAAUUGGCGUAACAACGGGUCAAGUGUACUGUGGAGUGGUUGGACAUCCGCUGCGAAGGGAGUUUACCGUAAUUGGAGCCAUCGUUAACAAAGCCGCCAGAUUUAUGUGCGGGUUUCGAAACAAAAUAACGUGCGACGAAGCUACAUUCGUUAAGAGUAAGAUGUCAAGUAACGGAUUUACAUUGCAACCCUCUAUAGCACUUAAAGGCAUCAUAAAGCCUGGAAAAAUAUAUGAAUACACUGAAGAAAUCAGAGUUAAGGAGUUAUUUGAUAUUCCUAUGAUCCCACCAUUAUUGAAUAGGGUUGAUGAAAUGGAUUACUUCGAGAAUUGGAUAAAAGACUGCCAACUGCCGUUUCGAGAUUUCGAUGCAUUGUUACUUAUAGCUGAAGCGCGCUUAGGCAAGACGAGGCUGUUACAAUGGAUGGCUCGCUACGCUAGAAAUAAACAAUUAAAGGUGUGUUAUUUAACAUUAACCUCUAUACAUUCGGCAACACAAUAUUUAGCAAUGAGCCAAAUUAUGGAUCAAAUAUUAGACAUACAACAGCCCGUUAAAGGGUUUGAAAAAGAAGAAAAAAUUGUCAAUCUCCUAAAAUCUUACACGGAUGAUCUAUGUUACUUAAAUAAUAUUAUCAAAGUACGUUUUGCCUAUCACGAGGGAGUAAGUUUACAAAACGAUCAGGCCCAGGACGACAAAGCGAAAGAGGUUUUUAAGAAAAUUAUGGUGUCGAUUCCUGAGCCGUGCAUUGUUUUUAUAGAUGAUCUUCAAAAUUUAGAUUCAUCAUCCUGGGAUUACUUAUCAAUAAUGUUUUCAGCUUUAAAUAUAUUUACUGUUUUAACCGUGACGCGAGGCAAAUUUCACACAGUCAAUAAUUGGCUAUACCACGUUUUUAUUAGUAGCAAUAUCAGAAAAAUAGUUUUAGGCCCGCUAAGUUCUUCUUGGAUUGCACCACUGGCAUGCCAAAUAUUGGAUGUGGAUGCCGUUCCAAAUGAUUUAUGUAAUGCUUUGCGGAUAAAGUGCAACGGAAUGCCAGGUUUAAUUGAGAGUUUCAUUGUAAAUUUGUUUUCAAGUGGUUCAUUAGAACUGAAAAAUGUUUGUAAUAAUUUAGAUGACUGGGACAGUGAAGAUCUACAAUACCCAGACUCUUCUAUCCUCCAUCCUAUUGCAUUGAAUCAAAAUGACCAACCUCUUCUAGAUCAAUUAAUACAAGAGAAUUCCUCGGGAGACAUUAAGAUAUGCAUUGUAACAAAAAAAGAAGAGUUAAAAACUGAUGUCAAUGUGCAAAAUAUAGAUGUAUUAAUUAUGAUGCAAAUUGAUUCGCUCACUCCAUAUCAACAACUACUGCUGAAAAUAGCAUCGGUAAUAGGUAAUGUACUGUCGAGAGAUCUCUUAGAAAAUAUAAUGUAUGAAAACGAUCCAAUAACAACAGCAAAAGCUGUGAAACGACUUUUUUCUAUGCGCAUAUUAUCCUGUGGAAAUUCUAAAUAUAGGUAUAAUCGCAUGAAAACUUCAACUUUAACUAUUGCAUCGGAUAGCUCUUUGCAAAAUGAUUUGACGUGCGACUGCUCCUUUGAAUAUGACCCAGAAUUAAACGAAAAUCUUCCAAAGUAUGCAUUCUGUAAGGUUAUGAAAUUUAAAAAUAAAAUCUCUAGAAGAACAUGUUAUGAAUUGCUGCCAUUAAACCAGAAAAAAGAAUUUCACACAAGAAUAGUAAAUUACUUGGAAAAUCAUCAGCAAAAGUGCCCUGACUGUGGUGGGACGGUGAUGAUAGUUGAAUCAAGUGUGAGUUUUCACAGUGACACAAGAUAUAAUGAGAGAUAUCGGUCAUCGGUCGAACUUCAGAGACUGGAGGAUGGUAGUAUGAGUGACGACGAUGAAGAUGAAAUAAAAGAUGUGCAAUGUUUUAACAAAAACUCGAUAUCUCUGGACGUGUUGAGGACGAAGUCAAAUAUUUCUCAAAGAGAUAUUACCACUGAUGAACCUAAAGCAACAACGAGUGAUAUUAUUUCAAAUAGAUCUAUUAGGAAUGACAAUCAACACAGUAAUAGCUCGCAGUAUGCUUCAAUAUUGAAAACGAAUAAAAGUAUAGAUGAAAAUGAAAAACGCAGAUCAACAAAACGCGUGACACUGUCGAAUCUCAUCUUUAGAGAUGUCAGCGUAGAUACUAUGCAAAGUUAUGCCGUAUUCGACAUGUUUCGUUCAGUCGUCGAAGCGAAUAAAGUAAGUGACUGGCAAGGUCUUGGAGUAAUCGACGAUGAAGACAAAAAUAUUGAUGGAAAUGACGAAAAAAGAUCGUUUAAAUUAAAAUUAGACAAAGGCGUAUCAAAAACAGAUUUCCAUAAAUGUACUUGUAUGGAACUUAAUAUUGUAAUUUAUGAACAAUUAAUACACCACGCUACGGAAGCAGGGUUAAAAGAUAAAUUAAUCAAAUUUCUUACAAAAUAUAGUCGAUUAAAUAUCCUCUCAAAUAAUAGCGAAAUCUCUAUACCACAACUGGAAAAAGCUGAGCAAAUAUUAAUGUCAGAAAAAUGUAUCGACAAUGUCAGUGAGUUUGGGAGAAAAUUAUUUUUCGGAAAAAUAUACUCUCUACAAGCCGCAGCUUACCUUAUGAGUAAUAAAUUAAUGGCAUCAAAAGUUUAUAUUGAAAAAGCCGCUAAGAUAUACAAUAUAAACUUGACAAAAUUAUCUGAUAUAACAGAUUUCCGCCACGUUUAUAAUUAUAUUAAAUCCAAGCAUCCAAAACAUCGUUCACAUGAUGCGUCUUUGAAGUCAGAUUCUAUAUUUUGUCUAAACAUUGCUACCAUACUUUUUUCUACACUAGAAGAUUUGAAGACAGCUAGAGUCACAGCCAUGCGUGCCUUGUUUCUUGUACAGCGAUUUCACUGUAGCACGAUAGACCUGUGCGAUGCCUUCACUAAUGCUAUUCAAAUUGAACUGGAUCUAGGCAAACCGGAGCUGACAGAGAACACAGAACGUAUAGCCAUAACGACUCUGAGAAAUAUAUCCAAACCUAUACAAUCCCAUGAAUUAUUUGCUAUUGGAAAAAUGUUUUUGGCUUCUUUUCGGGCAAGAACAGCGAGGGCCAAACUAGCAGCCGCCGUUCGUUCGGGUUUUCGAGCGUUAACAGUCAGUAGAUUUGUACACGCUGAUAAAAUUUCGUUAGAUAUUAUACCCGAUUUAUUUUACAUUUUAUUGUGCCGCAAACGCGUAAAUGAGGCAAUUGAUGUUUUGAAACUCUUGUUGGACUUAAGUCAGACUCAUAACUCAUUGGACUGCGAAACUUGGUAUUACGCUCUAGCAAUUGACAUGAUUUUGGACUGUGGUUUUCAAAUAGAAUCGCCGCAGGAAAUCAACCGUUUCGCGGAAUAUGCUUUGAAUAUGGGCAAAUCAGCAGGGGAGAGUCGAAGGCGUCUAGUUGUUGGUAUCUGGACGUUUUGGCUACGACUAGAUCUUGAGCGCAAAGCGAAACGCUUUGAAAACGAAGCUUUGAAUUGGUGCGGAAAUGAAAAAGAUGAUGGCUCACUCACAACUUUAAUCAGUUCUCUACGCUUAGCUGAGGGGAUGUUAGAAAGCCUGGCCAGAAAAGUAGACGACCUGAAAAAGGUCGUCGAUUUGAUGGAACUUAGGUCUUUAGCUGAUAAGGAAUUGAUGCGGCUGGAAGGCGACACAAAAGUCGUCAAAGUAAUAGAACCCAGGUGGUUGCUUCUGAAGGCUAACUCCUUAAAUUUAUCGGGACGUCACAAUGUCGCCGCGUCAACGUUUACUCAGUGUUUAGAAGAGGCUCGUAAAAUUAAUAAUCGCCUAGAAGAAUCCUUAGCUCAGGCUGCCUUAAGCAACUCCAAAUUUUGGAUACAAAGCGCAAAAGCAGGGACUUUUAUGGAAUGGAUGACAGCAGGAGAAUCUGUACAAUCUUUUUGGCAUCAGCUUAUGUAUAAGAUUAAUACGACUCAUCAGUAA